AUGAAGAACUGUUCAAACAACAAAGACAUACCUAUCGAGAAAAUUAGAGAAUACAACUGUGUGUAUAAACCUUCAACAUGGGAAUCGAGAAUUGUGCUUCUAUAUGAUGUUGUUUACUCCCAAUUCACUGAAUGGAAUAAUGAACCAUGCUCAUUUUAUACGAUUGAAUGGGGAGAUGUGCCAAGAAAAAGAUCAAGGCAGGAAGAAGAGGAAUCUCAAUUUAUGCUCUACAGUGCAACUAAUAUGGCUCGAAGUACGAGUUCUGCUGAAGCAUAUCUAAGUAUAAUAAAAUGCAAAUUAUAUCCGGAAGGUAGCCCAUUGAAUUAUGAUCUAGUUAACUCAAUUCAAUCAUCAGAUAGAGCAAAAGCAAAACGUUGUGAAAUCGUUACAAGCGGAAAGCAAUUUAUUUAUGUAUGGGAUUUGAAAAAUACGUCAAUUCUUUCUGAGGAUAAAAGACCUACUGCACAAAUUAAGUUGGCCGCUAAAGAAAACUCGUCAAUCGGACCAGCAUUAUGUGUUGCCAAGAAUAGACAAAUAGUUGUUAACGGUACCGAGAAUGGAUAUUUGACUUUAUGGGAUUUGACUGAUUAUCAAACAAGUUCAAAUCAAAUAUCACUCCCUCCUAAAUAUAAUUAUCAAGUUUUUUCGGAUUCUUCAAAUAGAAUCCUAUCGUGUGAUUAUAAAGAAGAUAGUACAAAUAUAUCAUGUACUUCAAGUCAAGGAAAUGUGAUAAUUUGGGAUUAUCGUACGAAUAAAUUAGCUCAAAAUGUGGCAAAAGCACAUAGAGUAGCAGCUACGAGCUGUCACAUGAACCCUCAUAAAGAACAUUCUCUUCUAACAUCAAGUGCAGAUGGUAUUAUUGAAUGGUGGGAUACGCGGAAGAUGAAGAGCGUUUUCUCUUCAUCACAACACCAACGAUCUGUAAACAAAGUGGCUUGGUCACCUCACAACAGUGGGUUAUUUGCCAGUUGUUCGGAUGAUUGUAGUGUUAUCAUUUGGAAUACCGAAGUUAUUAAUAAAAACAAAAACGAUAAACAAGAAGGCGCGAAAUUUAAGCACACCGGACAUAGGCAAAAGGUGUCGGAUAUUGCAUGGCAUCCUGAUCCAGAAUUUAGCAAAACCAUCGCUUCCGUUUCUCCUUUUGAACCCCAUCGAGGUAUUGCCGGACUACUUCAAGUAUGGAGACCAAGUAUGAAUAUUGAUUUGAUGAAUUAA